CCAACAGCAAUAUUUAUGCUCAGAGUUGGCGAGGUGCAUUUCCUCAUCUAUCUUACUUUUGACUGCUAGAGUCCAUGCCUUACUUGUCACUCGAAGCUGUAGGCAGCUCAGCCACAGACUUCUGCAUGCUUGAGAGAAAUUACCUAUCGCACAUCAGACUUGCUCUUCUCCUGAUGCUAAUAUCUUCAGCCGUUCUUCUGCGAACCCGUUUCUCAGGCCCAGACGAAGACUCAGAGUUCCGUCCAGAAAAGAGCAUUGCAUUGGCUUCGCUUGAAGUUGUUACAGCUCUAGUCGUCGUAGCCGGAGGCCUUUGGGAGUACGAUUCCUGUUUACGGGACAUGCGAGCUCGUCGGGCCUUCCUUUACUCUACUGCGCCUCAUCUUGCUGUCAUGACUGUCGUCUCCGCUGUGGUGUCCGUCACUUGGAUUGUCUUAAUUGCCGAGGAGGGUGGCAUCGGCUCAGAGAUGGAUAUGAACUGAUAGAGCGUGGCCUUGAAUACCGUCUUCCCCUCUGUACUUAUAUAUAAUGGAACUCGUAGAUUCAGACCGAAGAUAUAUUGCUGCCGC